AUGGCUAAUGAUGAUGGUGAAUUGCCACAAAAGCUGGAUUUGCGAAACUUGCAAGUCCGGGAACUAAUCGGAGAGUCUAGCUCCGCUACCUUUUGGAGAACCACUUACAACGGACAAGAUGUAGCUCUGAAAAUCUUCAAAUCUCUCACCUCAAAGUCUAAAUCGUUGACUGUCAAACCUAGCCCAGCUACGGCGGCGAAUGGGUCCAGCAAACAGCCUCCUGAAGCGGAUCUUCCAGAGAGGAUCUUCCUCAGAGAGGCAGAAAUCACGAUGCAGCUGGAGCACACGAACAUUGUACGCUGCUUCGGCGUGACGCAGCUUCCCGGCGGUUUCUUGCCUAACCAGGGCGCACCGGCGUUGGCAGUCGGUAUGGAGCUGUGCGAGCGGCAGACGCUCAAGGAGCUCAUCACGCGGAGCAUGGCAACGGGCAAGCGCGUGUACAAGACGGCCGAUGCGUAUCGAUGGCUUGUUCAGGCAAGUUUGUCCUCUGCUCUGGCCUACCUUCAUGAACGGAAGCCGCCAAUCAUCCAUCGAGAUAUCCGGGUGGACGGCGUCUUGCUGAAGCGGUCAUGCAGCAGCGGCAGCGGCGCCGGUGUCGCAAGCGGCAUGAGUUGCAAGUUGUCGGACUUUGGGCUCCACGCCAUACUGUACGAGGAUCGUUCCAAUGCGUUGCGGCGGCGCGCGUUCACCCAGACCCACAUCAACCCACUUGCGGACUCCUCCACCUCCAGCGGCAGGCAGUACUUCGCCGGGGAGGGCGGAGAUGAGAGCCUGAGUGCUAGUAGUAUGUCAGAGGCGUCACGAGGACGAGCGACGGCCGCGGCAGCGAGAAAGGAGCAGGCAACAGCGCCAACAGGCCAGAGCCCUUCGGCAUCGGCUGGCGAGCCCACGUCGCCAGACAAGUCACGCCGAGAUGGGCCAAAAUUGCAGGGGGCUGCUGUCGGAGGCGAAACAUGCUCCGCUACCGCCACUUCGGCGGCACCUGGUGGGCUAGGCACUGUGGCGAGCCUGCUUAGGCAACUGGGGUUGUCCGAGAUCAAGCCGCUUAGCCCGGUUGAAGUGGAGUGGGUCUAUAGCCUACCCGGGAAGGCCAAGUCCUUUCUGUACAUGGCGCCGGAGGUGUACAACAACCUGCCGUACAGCGACCGUUCUGACGUCUUCGCUUUUGGCGUGCUGGCGUAUGAGGUGCUGGCUGGGGAGGUGCUCUCCAUCAGUGUGUUCAGUACUGCAAAGGCCGAGAAGAUGGGGAUCUCGGGACCUCAUGGCUACGCGGCAGCGGUGGCGAAGGGCUACCGUCCCGCCCGCAUUCGAGCCAUCCCCGACGCCGCGUGGAACCUAAUAGAGACCUGCUGGCAUCCAGACCCCGCACAACGACCCGCCAUGUCGCAAGUCCUAGCGGAGCUUCAGGUUUUGCUAGAGAAGGAGAUGGAGGAAGCCGCAGGCGGCGGCGGCAGCGGCAGCGGCAGCUACCCUUGGGCCAACUCAGGGAUGAGCUCAGGGAAGGGAUCCCGGAAGCCGCCGCCCGGCGUGGUGCUUGGGCGCCCAUCCCCUCGCCAGCCCUUGAUCCAAAAGAGUCAGGAAAGUGUCCAAGCAAGUAAGAACGAGUGCAAGGUUCAGGAUACCAGGAAAAACGAUUCGUGUGAUUGA